ACUUCCUGUGCUUGAGCCAGUGUUUAUUUUUUUGCAGAGCCAAAUAUCGUCCACGGAGAACAUCUUACAUCAUGCCAGACCUCUUAGUGAUUAAGAGCUGCUUCCUGAGUUGCUUAUUAGUACUGCUUCAGACAUCGAGCUCACAGCAGGACGAGCAAAGCCAGCUGCUACUGGUGUCCUUUGAUGGCUUCCGCUGGGACUAUGUGAAUCGAGUACCCACACCCAAUUUCCGUGCCCUGAUGGAUGAAGGGGUACAGGUGGAACAAGUGGAAAACACCUACAUCACCAAAACCUACCCGAACCACUAUACCUUAGUGACAGGAUUACACGCCGAAACCCACGGCAUUGUUGCUAACGAAAUGUAUGACCCCAUUCACAACCGCUCCUUUUCUAUGGAGGGACCUGAGGUGUAUGAUGCAUGGUGGUGGGAGGAGGCUGUGCCGCUGUGGGUCACCAAUCAGAAGGCCGGGCGGAAGAGCGGAGCUGCCAUGUGGCCUGGAUCAGACGUAGCGAUUGGUGGAACAUUCCCAACACAUUACUUGAGUUAUAAUGCGUCAAUGCCAUUUGAGACCCGAGUCAACAAACUCAUUGACUGGUUCUCAGGGCCGGAGGCCAUCAAUUUUGGUGUCUUGUACUGGGAGGAGCCAGAUGAGAGUGGGCAUAACUUGGGGCCAGAGAGCCCGCUAAUGGAUGUAGUCAUAGCAGACAUCGAUGAGAAGUUGGGAUUCCUCAGGGAAAAGCUCAAAACCGCUGGCCUUUAUGAUAAAGUCAAUCUCAUUGUUACGAGUGAUCAUGGAAUGGCACAGUUAUCACAUGAUAAGAUUAUUGAGCUGGACACCUACGUCAGUCGUGAUCUUUACACAUGGAUAGACAAGAGCCCUGUAGUUGGUAUUUUGCCAAAAGAAGGUAAACUUGAAGAGGUCUACAGUUUGUUGAAGAAUGCCAACCCUAACAUGCUUGUUUAUAAAAAGGAGGAGAUCCCAGAUCAUUACCACUACAGACACAAUGUCAGGAUCAUGCCUCUGAUCAUUGAGGCCAAAGAGGGCUGGACGGUCAUGCAGAACAGAAACGCAUCUUUUAUGUUGGGAAACCAUGGUUAUAACAACAGCCUUCCCAGCAUGCACCCUGUGUUUGUUGCCCGUGGUCCCGCUUUCCGCCGCGACUACACCAAAGCCUCCAUGCGCUCCGUCGACCUCUAUCCUCUCAUGUGCAGCAUUCUUGGUCUCAAGCCCUUGCCCAACAAUGGCUCUUUGUCAAGUGUGCAGGAUGUCUUAGUGGAGACGUCAACCCCAAAGCCAGUGGUCCCGCCUGUGCCCAGAGAGCCUUCCUACGCCUGGGCCGUGGGAUCCAUCCUCGGCGCUACCCUCGUGAUUGGCUUUCUCUUCAUCUAUGUGCAACAGGUGACACAGCGGCAGCUACUGCCACUGCAUCUGUCCAAUAGUGAAAUAACACAACCCUUACUGUAGGGUCAAACACAAGGGUUGUCGGCACUUUUCUCACAUGAGGUUCUCAAAGUAUGUAGCACUGAUUAUCUCUCCAGUGCCACAGAUCUCAAUUCAUUCUAAAAUAUUUCUGAUAACAUUUUUUAAGCAGUCAGCAUGGUCGCUUGAAUUCAAAAGUGAUCGAUAUCCACGGUACCAUGCCAAAGCCAAAUAUACCAAAAGCAAUAUGGGGAAAGAUGCUACAGUGGAAAAAAGGUUGUGCAAUCAUCAAAAUCAUAGCUGACUAAACCAAUAGUGCCCUCUUCUGGUGAAGCUGUCAGUGAGACCUUUAUUCUAGUCCUCUAAAAUCUAGUAUUUGAAAAAAAAAAAAAAUUAGCAUCCCCAUGCUUUUCCUUUCAAUUUGAAUCUGACAUUAAUUUAAUAAGAGAGAGUUGACAUUACCUUGAAUUGAAUUUAAAGAAUGUUCCAGGUUGAAAUUGCUUGCAUUUGUGGCAUAAUGUUAAUUAUAACAGAAAAUGUAUUUCCAUUUCCUCCUUUUCUUUAAAAACAACAUAAAAUACCAAUCUGGGAUACAGAAAGGCACAGUAGAAAACUGAACUAAUUUAUACACAUUAACAGUAAAAUAAUAAUUUAAUACUAUUUAAAUAAAACAUUAAAAUGCUCAUUGUUUCAGUUGCAUAGACACAAUUAGCAAAUAAUAUGAACGUUAAUAUAAAAUAUGAUUUUAAAGUGAAAAAUUACUUGAUUUAAUUUUUUUCCCCAUGACAAUGAAAUGCUAUAAUCCCUUUUAUUUUUCACUAUUCUUUGAUGAAAAGGAAGUUCAAAAGAACAGCAUUUAUUUUAAAUAGAAUUCUUUUAUAACAUUAUAUAAUGUCCCAUUUAAGCUCAAAUAAUGCACAUUUCAAUAUUAUUUAUUUAAUGGGAAGCUUGGUCUCAUUUACUUCUUUCAUUGUAAGUGCAUCAUUAUAACCUCUUUUUUUCUUUUAAUAAUUAAGAAAGUUAAAAUAAUUGUUUAUUUUGAUUAACACUAUGCCACAAAUGUUGUUUAUUGAGUUUAGCUUGUGUUGAACCCAGACUAUUCCUUUAACUGAAUGUUAAGGAUAUUUAACAUUCUGAACAAAAAACUUAAGAGAGGUUAGUAGCAGUCACUUUUUGAACUUGUUAUUCUCAUAUCCAUCAUCAGUUUUGUUUGUCAAUUAGUUAAAUGCAGUUGUUUAAGUUGGCAGUUUAAUGUUAAUAAGUGUUAAUGAAAAGAAGCUGGUAGUUGUCAAACUACCUCCAUGUUGCACUAAGAUCAAUGUAAGCUAAUCAGGAUAGACGGAUGAAUAUUAGACUAGUGGGAUGUUUUAGCUUAUCUGCGUUUUGCACAAUGUAAUGCCAUCCAAAAUUUAUAUAAAAAGGGUGUGGGUGCCAAAAAUUGACAUCAAGUAGUAAUAGUAUAAGUCCUCUGUUGAUAUAUUUUGUACUUUUGAAAAUAGCAUUUAACAAAAAGCCCUGUGUGGGGCAAAACACUGUGAUCGGUCUUCUACUGGUGCAAAGACUUAAAGAAAAAUAAUUAUGAUCUUUGAUAUUAAUGUUGCUAAAGUAGUAGUAGUUAGCUGCUUGCAGAAUGUUAGGAUCGUUUCUGUUAUUAAGAAGGAAAUUAUGACGUUCUAUAUGGACGUGUGCAGAGACUGUUGUGUUUUGUGUAAAGUAUUUCAUUGAUUUACUGGAUAUUUAUUACAUAUUCUGGAUUUUAUGUCGGAUUUUGACCUGUCAAAAGUCCCAUAACUAAAACAUUACUUUAAAUGUGUGCUACAUUAAAAUGUUAAUAAAUGCCUGAUUUGGAAA